AUGUCUACAACUGAGGACAAAAAUAUUAAAGUAGACGCAGAGGAGUUUUGGAGAAAAGCUGAUGCUUCGCUUUUGAACUAUGGAACUCCCUUUGUAAGAGAAAUAAUUGUCAAAGCGGAAGGAGCUUACAUUUAUACCAGCGAAGGUAGAAAGAUACUUGAUUUUACAUCGGGCCAAAUGUCAUGUUUAAUUGGACACGGAAAUGAAGAGAUCGCUGAGACAAUUGAAAAAUAUGCUAGAAGAUUAGAUCAUAUAUAUUCAGGUAUGAUCUGCGAACCAGUUGUUGACCUUGCAUAUAAAUUAACUUCACUUCUACCAAAUGGGCUUGAUAGGGCAAUAUUCUUAAGUACUGGAGCCGAAGCCAAUGAAUGUGCCAUUAAAUUAGCUAAGACUUUCACUGGAAAGUUUGAAGUUGUUGCAUUGUCCUUAUCAUGGCAUGGAAUGACUGGCACUGCAAGCUCGUGUACUUAUCAAGCUGGAAGGACUGGUCAUGGCCCAACGACUCCUGGAUCAUUGGUUAUACCUGCACCAAAUGAAUACAGAUCAAUUUUUCAUUAUCAGGAUGGCUCGUAUGAUUGGAAGACCGAGUUGGAAUACGGAUGGUCGUUGGUUGAUGCUUCGUCAGUUGGAUCCUUAGCAGCUGUAAUACUUGAGCCCGUUUUAUCUUCUGGCGGUAUGUUAGUUUUACCAGAAGGUUAUUUAAAAGAAAUGAAACAUCACUGUGAAAAGAGAGGAAUGUUGCUAAUUGUUGAUGAAGCGCAAACUGCUAUUGGCAGAUCAGGAUCAAUGUUUGCAUUUGAAGAAUCGGGUAUAGUUCCAGAUUUUUUAUGCCUUAGUAAGACUAUUGGUAAUGGAAUCCCCUUGUCUUCCGUGAUCACAUCUGACAAAAUUGCUGAAGAUACUUCUAAAAAGGGGUUUUUAUUCUACACAACGCAUGUCAAUGAUCCUAUCCCAGCUGCAGUUGGCCUGAAAGUUUUGGAUAUAGUUAUGAAGAAUAAAUAUGUCAAUAAUGCAAGACAUAGAGGAAAUCAACUAAGAAAGGGCCUUAAGGAAUUAAGCAAAUUCUAUAAAGCAAUCGGAGAUGUUAGGGGAAUAGGUUUGAUGGUAGGUCUUGAAAUUGUCAAAGAAAAUACCAAAGAAAGUGAUAACGAGCUGGCUGCGAAAUUAGCGGCAACUAUGAUGUCCUUAGGGUUAUCUGCUAACUUAUUAUCUGUCAAAUCCUUCGGUGGUAUUUUUAGAAUGGCACCUCCAAUUUCGAUUACAGAACAAGAAAUUGAAAUGGCUUUGAAAAUAAUUGCAUCAUCAUUUGCUGUGAUCUACGAUUAA